AUGAAGGCCUGUUCCAUAUUAUUUACCACCUUAAUUACUCUAGCCGCUGCUCAAAAAGACUCUGGUUCCUUAGAUGGCCAGAACUCUGAAGAUAGCUCACAAAAGGAAAGCUCAAACUCUCAAGAGAUCACACCUACCACGACAAAGGAAGCCCAAGAAAGCGCAUCAACUGUAGUUUCUACCGGAAAAAGCUUAGUACAAACUAGCAACGUCGUCAGCAACACCUAUGCUGUGGCUCCAAGUACCACCGUAGUGACGACGGAUGCACAAGGCAAAACCACGACACAGUACCUAUGGUGGGUGGCCGAAAGCAACUCUGCCGUAAGCACAACUUCAACUGCCUCUGUGCAGCCCACCGGAGAGACGUCAAGCGGAAUCACCAACUCCGCAUCCUCCUCAACGACAUCAACAUCAACGGACGGGCCAGUUACUAUAGUAACUACCACGAAUUCGUUAGGUGAGACUUACACAUCUACUGUUUGGUGGCUACCGUCCUCAGCCACAACUGACAACACGGCUUCAUCAAGUAAAUCAUCUUCGGGAUCCUCAUCAAAACCGGAAUCAAGCACCAAGGUAGUAAGCACUAUCAAAUCAACUUAUACCACUACGUCAGGUUCUACAGUAGAGACACUGACCACUACAUACAAGUCUACAGUCAACGGUAAGGUAGCGUCCGUAAUGUCCAAUUCUACCAAUGGCGCCUUUGCCGGCACUCACAUAGCUUAUGGUGCGGGUGCAUUCGCCGUUGGUGCCCUUUUGUUAUAG